UUUGGGUCACGUGGUGGGGUCCGUUAUAAAACGGUCAGUGACGACCAAUCCUGUCGCGCGCAGUGCGUAAGGUUCGGUGACGUGCCCGUUUCGUGGCCCAAAAGGCGUUCGCGGUUUCGGUUUCAUUCUUUCUCGCGUCCCCACCGCCGGCCGCCCGCCCGCAGGCAAAACCGAAAAGACACAAGACGGGGUUGGAGUUCAGUCGGACGACGACUGCCUACACGACGAGCACCUCUGCUGCCUCUGCGCGAAUCAUCGUCGGCGGGCGCGAUCGGAAACUUCGCGGGAUCGUGACACCGAGACCCACUGACGGUAGAGAAAGGACCCCUCAUUUUGCCCCCUGCGCGCAGACGUCGACAGCAGCAGUCAGUAUGAGGUGGUGUGAGUUUGACUGACCGCGAGUUGCUACCGAAAAAAAAAUAUAACGAAAGGAAGGUGGCUUACGGCGCAGGCCUCCCGCGUUUUGAUAUUGAGACAAAGUGGUGGUGCUUUUCUGGCAAGGAUUGCCUCGGCGACCACACUUCUGCAGCCAUGGAGUGUUUUGUGACAAUGACACGACGGAUUUUUCUACUGGGUUGCCUUCUAGCAGGAUUUCUCUUGCUCCGGUGUCCACACGGAGCUGCUGGCAUCGACAUGUUUGGGGGUGACGGGAAUUUCAUCGGCGGCCAUGUGACGCUGACAUCAUCAGACUGUGCACUCCUACUACACAGGCACUACGUGCACGGCGUCGGACGGACGCCGGCGGUCCAGUUUAAGGAUUUUUUCGAAGCCUUCAAGACGUCGUUCGUGAGCGCAGGUCCACACGAACAGGUCUGCAUCAAGUACUCGGACAUCAACAACGCGCUGCGAGAGGCCAAGUCAAGGCUAAAUUAUAUACACCCAUAUGCGGCUAACGACCCCCUGCCAGAGCCCAAGGACAUUGCGCCUACAGCCGAACUUACGCUGCUUGUCACCAAAAUCUUGGCAACACAGUUCCGCAUGACGCACGACGAGAUUAUGAAUGGCCUGCCGCUGAUCGACACAUCAAAAACGGAGCUCUACGACCUAUGCCCGGCCCACGUCAAGCCCGUGCCCUGCACCGUGGAGCGGUACCGAAGCAUGGAUGGCCGCUGCAACAACAUCAAACAUCCGUCCUGGGGAGUCACUAACACUCCCUUCGUGCGCUUUCUGCCGCCCCUUUACAGCGACGGUGUACAGGGACCCCGGUUGGCGGCAAAUGGUGGGCAACUGCCCAAGGCUCGUGCCAUCAGCAGCUUCAUUCAUCGUGAUUUCGACCACCCAAACAGGCAGCUAUCGAUCCUCGUCAUGUCCUGGGGACAGUUCAUCGACCACGACCUCACACUUGCAGCGCCGCCAAGAGACGAGAGAGACCUGGAUUUCGAGUGCUGCAAUGUCCCAGAGAAGUACCAGCAUCCGCUAUGUAUGACCAUCGAGGUGCCUCGGGAUGACCCCUUCUAUGGUCAGUACGGCAGAACCUGCAUCGAGUUCAAGAGGUCCCUAGCAGGUCAACGCCCGGGUUGUGCUCUAGGUCCACGGUCUCAUAUCAACAUUUUGACCCAUUCUAUCGAUGCGAACUUCAUAUAUGGAUCAACGGACGCUCUGGCCAAGAGACUAAGAUCCUUCCAUCGAGGACAACUGAGGGUCUGGGAUCGUUUCCGCGAUCUGGGACUGAAGCCGAUGCUGCCGCCGGAGUCCGAGAACCCAGAACGAGACUGCAUCGCCCGUCCUCGGCAUCUUUUCUGCUUUCUUGCUGGCGACGAGCGAGUCAACGAGCAGAUCCAUCUGACGGUGCUGCACACUUUCUACUUGCGAGACCACAACCGCAUGGCCGACGAGUUGGCACGUCUGAACCCGCACUGGGACGACGACCGAAUCUACCACGAGACGCGGCACAUCAUGGCAGCCGCCGUCCAGUUCAUUACCUACAACGAGUUCCUUCCCAUGGUCGUCGGCGAAGAGCUUAUGGUCCGAUACAACCUCACGCUACUAAAGGAGGGUUACUGGCACGGAUACGAUCCCGACGUCAACUUGGCACUCUCCAACUCCUUCCAAUCAGCCGCGUUCAGGUUCGGACAUACAUUCAUCCAGGGUAUGGUCAGGCGCUACAACAAGUACCACGAAUUCAUCGGAGAGGAUUUUCUGCGCAACCUACUGCGGCAGCCGUUCAUCGUCUAUCAGCCGGGCAAGCUCGACGAAUUGGCCGGAGGUCUUAUAAACACACCGGCCCAAACCUACGAUCCAUUCGUCACGCAAGAGGUAACCAACCAUCUCUUCCAAAACCCCGAGGAGCCGUUCGGCAAGGACCUUAUCGCCAUCAACCUUCAGCGCGCCCGGGAGCAUGGCGUGCCAGGGUACAACUCGUUCCGAGAGUGGUGCGGACUGCCACGUGCACAUACGUUCGCCGACUUCGAGCCAUGGCUUAACAACGGCACGGCAUUCCGCUAUUCGCAGAUCUACAAGCACCCCGAUGAUGUAGAUCUGUGGAGCGGUGGCAUCUCUGAGAGGGUUCUGCCGGGAGCCAUGAUUGGUCCCACCUUCGCGUGCAUCAUCGCGAGGCAGUUCUCGAACCUGCGGAGAGGCGACCGCUUCUGGUUUGAAAACCCGGGCCUGCCGUCGUCUUUUACACCAGAGCAACUCCACGAGAUCCGCAAAGCCACGCAGUCCAAGAUUAUUUGCGAGAAUGCUGACGACAUCCCCACAAUCCAGCUAUGGGUCAUGAGGCUGCCACAUCCAAUUUACAACCCAAGGUUCCGAUGCGAGGAUAUACCGGGCAUCGAUCUGCGUUACUGGCAAGAGGACCCCGUGCACGGCGGAUUUUCGUUCAAGAAGUAGUGGCCUGUGUGUGCUUGUGCCGAGAGUUCCUUUAUUUUUUUAAAUCUGUGCCCGUUGGCCUUGAAGGGGCCCAGUGAAGUGCUUGUGACGCCGCCCACGGAUACGUUGCCACCCAUUCGCUUUCUCCCCCUGACGGAUAUACGCUGAGAAGAUGCCAAGUGCGACUCGACUUCGUGAUUGCCUACUUCGUGGUGCGCGAGCUGUCGUUCUUGCAUCUGUGUCGGCGACGACUGAAUACAACUACGAAACGCUCGUCUACGGGUUUUAAGGAAGACGGUUAUACAAGCGACCAACGACCACUCCUGGAUCUUCCACCUCCCAGGCUUUUUUCUUUAUUAAGUUUUAUUUUCUUGGCAGUUCCGCUUGUGCGCUUACCGAAUCUGCAUAUUUAUUUUUCGGCGUCUACGUUUUCUUCCCCAAUCGCCUGGUAACAUUGGAAUGUAACUUCCUGCAGCGCGGUUAAAGAGAGAAGUAGCAUAUGACGACAUUUAAUACAACUUAUAGCUUGGUCGCAAUUGAAUGAUAACCCCCGGAUUGACACGGUGACGGUCAAAUUGGUACUUCGCACAAGACGCUAAGAAUCUGCGCCCUACUUGUCGCUAAUAUUGUUAAGGAAACUAGUUAACAUGUUAUCGUGCUAACGUGUUAAGGAAACCCAGUUACCUUAUUACGCCACACGAUGCUGGUGAUGAAUGAUGCGCCAUAUUACAGUAAGACUGAGUAAACAUCUCUAUCGGGUCAGAGUUUUUACUAUCUGUAUAUAGAAAUAAGACCACUGUGGUCAUGUACAGCCUCUUAUGAAACUGAAAAAAAGAGCAUGAAUGUCGCAGAUAAAUGCUUAUUGCGGAAUGAGCACUGCUCCAAUAUUUAAUCCAUUAGAAAUAAAUUAGGCAGGUCGUUAGCAGGGACGGAAAGAGCAACGAGCCUACAAAUGUAUUUAGAUUCAGUUUUGUACAAUACCUCAGUUUACAUAGGUGAACUGAAACAACUUGCGCGCCAGAAGUUUAGAAGUGGCGAGAACACAUUUUCUCUUCUUUAUCUGUUUCUCUUCACUCAGAGCGGGUACUAAAAUGUUUAAAUAUAUCCAAGGCCCCGUCCUAGUUCAGCAAUUCCGCCGGGCGCAAUUUCUUCGUUUCAGGCUAUUUCUAUAGAUAGAUGCUUUUCUUCUUAUCGAAUUCACGCUCCCACGAACCUUUCGCCGGUGCUAAACGAGCUUCGAUGAAACGUUCGUGGUAAUACUAUGACCGCUUCGAGGCCUAGGUAACGUUAUUUUGUGCCUCUAACACCUUUUUUUUUGUCUUUAGGCGUCUUUUUAGGCUUGCUACUAACACGGCAUAUCGCAUAUAGAUAAAACCAGACGUCAUCAUCAAACUCAUGCCAGAUCGUUUUAUUAAAGGGGUCUUCAUGUAUAUUUAAGUUUUACUUUGUCACGCUUCAACAAGCUAUAAAAUCCGCUUUAUUAAUUAAUGAGUUGUUCCGCAUGCGCUGAAUUCUCGGUGAUGUCCUCAUAGAAUGCCACAAAUCUUGCCAUUGAACAAGAGGUUUAAUUCCUCAUUUUUCUUCUCAGAGCUAAACGCAGUACGCUGUGCUUUAGCCAACAUUGGUACAUACAAAAUUUUUGCAGAGCAAGAAAAACUUGCUUGGUAUGCUAUGGUUACUUCUACAAAGGUUGCAGUGAAAGGAAUGAGUCAGUGUGUUUGUUUACAAAGAGGUUGGGGCCAAGUUUCUGUAAUGCUGUAUUCAUAAUUCGUGUGCAAAACCACACAAAAUCGAACGACAGAGAAAAUUAGUGUAGUUCACAGUCCGUACAUCUACAAAGGGACAGUGAGUAAGCCACCAAAGUACGUAUGUUAUGUAGGAAUCGAAAAGUGGCAACGAAAAUCAACAUUUGGUAACUACUGUAUCUGGCAGCUGCCAAUUGGAAAACUGACUGGCUGCCAAUAAUGACAACUGCCCUCACAGUGGUCAUUACUCUUCUUCUGCGCAUCAAUAAUUUUGUGUGCUAUCAAUGGUUACGACAGUCUGUGAUUGGUGAGGAGUUUAAACUUCGUCGUGCAGUGAAGGCCAAAGUUUUGAGCACUGAGCUCUUGAAAGUUUGGUCGUUGAGAAGGGAGAUGUGUUUUGCCAAAUGUGACAGCGUCGGACAGUAACCGAGAAAAUCGCGAAAUGUUAUCACGCGCACAGCGGUAGACUUGUAGAGCACUUUUGUAAUAAAUAUUUUCCUACCUGUACAA